UCAAGGAUUUUGUAUCCAAGUUCUAAAUGUUUGUAACCCAAGAUGAUGAAUGCUUACAUGGAUGUAGUUGGUGCUAAAAAGCAGGUGGAACUGAAGGAAAAAAAACAAAAACCCAAAAAACCACAACCUCUCAAUCAAGUGUUGGAACUCCAACACACAUCUAAAAUGCUUCCUGCAAGAGUAGUUGCAGUUAAGGAAGAAAGUCUGAAGCUAAAAUCAGAAAAUCAAGUUCAUGGACAAUAUAUAGAAAACUUCAUAUCAUUAUCUAGUGUUUUUCAAACAACUGACACAAAAAACAAAGAAAAGUUAGGGAUUCAUCUUUCUGUCUUAUGGAAUUGCUGCCAAUCUUCUUUUAAAAACCUUGGAUCAAUUCCAAAUGUUAUAGUAUUUUUGUUUGUGGCUUAA